GUCCCUGUCUUUUGCCUUACUCCUCACUCUCCUGCUCCAUAAAUUGGGCAUGGAAUCUCAUAGUUAGAUCAUGCAAGCACUUAUUUUCUUUUUCCCCUUUACUCUUUAGUAUCAAAUCUUGUUUCUUCUUUUCUUCAAGAAGAAACACAAUGGAUGCUUUCUCUUCCACUUUCCUUUCUACAUUAUCACAACACCCUAAAUCUCUUCUUUCUCCUUAUAAUUAUUCUCCCAAUUCACCAUCUUCUCCUACUCUAAAAGUUUCCUCCGUUAGAAUUGAAGAAAGGCCACAAACUACCACUACUAGAACAAAACCACAAGAGAAGCCAACCCCUUCACCACCAAAACCAACUCCGAAAAGAGAAUUACCUAUAAAACCAAUACCCUCAAGAAAACCUCUAGAACCAUCAUUUCCCUCCGUUAUCUUCAAUGCAUUUGACGAUUUCGUAAAUACUUUCAUUGAUCCUCCUUUGAGAUCUUCUGUUGAUCCAAGGUAUGUUCUCUCUGACAAUUUCGCUCCAGUGGACGAGCUUCCUCCUACUGAAUGCGAAGUAGUGGAAGGCUUCCUUCCACCUUGCCUAGACGGCGCGUACAUCCGAAAUGGCCCUAACCCUCAAUAUCUUCCACGUGGACCUUACCAUCUUUUUGACGGAGAUGGAAUGCUUCACUCUAUUAGAAUUUCUCAAGGCAAAGCUACACUCUGCAGCCGAUACGUUAAAACUUACAAGUACACUAUUGAACGUGAUGCCGGUUCUCCGGUUAUCCCUAAUGUGUUCUCCGGUUUCAACGGUCUAACAGCCUCGGCCGCGCGUGGUGCUAUCACCGCGGCUCGAGCGAUUGCAGGACAAUUCAAUCCCACAAAUGGUAUAGGCCUAGCAAACACAAGCUUGGCUUUAUUCGGGGGUAAACUUUUCGCUAUUGGUGAGUCUGAUUUACCAUAUGCAAUAAAAAUAGCCCCAGAUGGUGAUAUUAUUACCCUCGGCCGUCACGACUUUGACGGAAAUCUUUUCAUGAGCAUGACAGCACAUCCCAAAAUCGACCCAGAAACUAACGAGGCUUUUGCUUUCCGUUAUGGCCCGAUGCCUCCGUUUUUAACUUACUUUCGUAUCGAACCAAAUGGUACGAAAACCCCGGACGUGCCAAUAUUCUCCAUGACACGUCCGUCAUUUCUUCAUGAUUUUGCAAUCACGAAGAAAUACGCCUUAUUUUCGGACAUACAAAUAGGAAUGAACCCAAUUGAGUUAAUCAGGGGUGGUUCACCCGUGGGUACUGACUCGGGGAAAAUCCCCCGACUUGGCGUAAUUCCACGUUACGCCAAGGACGAGUCGAAAAUGAGGUGGUUUGAUGUGCCAGGGUUUAAUAUUGUACAUGCGAUAAACGCGUGGGAUGAGGACGGUGGUGAUACGAUAGUGUUGGUGGCACCGAAUAUAUUAUCGGUGGAACAUACACUAGAGAGAAUGGAUAUGAUACAUGCAUGUGUUGAGAAAGUGAAGAUAGAUUUGAAGACAGGAAUGGUGAGCAGACAUCCUGUUUCUACCAGGAAUCUUGACUUUGGAGUCAUCAAUCCUGCUUAUGUUGGGAAGAAUAACAAGUAUGUAUAUGCAGGCAUUGGGGACCCUAUGCCAAAGAUAACAGGGGUAGCAAAAUUAGACGUAUCCGUAGCAGAAACAGAUCGUCGCGAUUGCAUAGUGGCAUGCCGACUAUUUGGAGAAGGCUGCUUCGGUGGUGAGCCAUUUUUUGUGGCUAAAGAUGCAAACAAUCCUGAGGCUGAUGAAGAUGAUGGCUACGUAGUGUCAUAUGUGCACAAUGAGAAGACAGGGGAAUCAAGAUUUUUGGUCAUGGAUGCAAAGUCCCCUAAUCUUGACAUUGUGGCUGCUGUUAAAUUGCCUCGUCGUGUGCCUUAUGGUUUUCACGGGCUUUUCGUUAGGGAAAGUGAUCUUAGCAAGUUGUAG